UUCGCUGCUCGUCUCUCUUGGCGCAGUUCAUGGAUUCCAACACCUUGAUCGUCAAGCUCCUCCACGGCAAGGACGUGCGAGCGUUCAACUUCUUCCAGAAACUCAACGUCUACGCCCGAGCCUCCGUCGUCAGCGACGACCCCAGCAAGAAGCUGGGCCGGGACCAGCAGCAUCGGACUCCGACGGUGAAGGAAUGCGACGGCGACCCCGAGUGGAAGCACGAGGUGCGGUUCGACCUGUCGGAGAUCUCCCUCCGGGACUGCGGCCACGUCUUCCUGCGCGUCGAUCUGUUCCACGAGGGCGUGAUGUUCGGCGACAAGCACAUCGGCGAGGUCCGCGUGCCGCUCACGGAUUUGGCCGAGCAGGGGGACGGAGUGGUCAGGUUCGUGAGCUACCAGGUGAAGAAUCCGGAAGGGAAGCCCAACGGAGCGCUGACCUUCUCGUUCAGAGUGUGCGGGAAGGGCCAGACCGACGACGCCGCGGCGGCCGGGACCGGACCGGGCCCGAUCGUCGGCGGAUAUGCGGUCGUUAACCCCCCUCCGCACGGCGGAUGGGGCGAAGUCGGAGCCACGUUUUCAGAAAACCAGCCUUCGUCGCCAGGAGUUCAGUACCCAGUGAUUGAUUUUCAGAGCGAAUCAAACGAAACCUAUCCUGCCGUAGUACCUCACGAAAGCUAUUACCCGCCGCCGGAGAGCUACUAUCCUCAGCCGCCUCCGAUGCUACCUCCGCUGCCGCCUCCGCCACCGCCGCCCUUUGCGCACGGGGCGUGUUAUUACCCACCGCGUCCGCCUCCGCUCGGUCCGUGGCAACACGAUCCGUACGCAGGAGGCCACAGGUUCGGCGGAGGGUGGCGAGGAGGGCCGUGGGAGAGGGAUCGGAGCUUGUCGUAUUGGACUGGCAGGUGAGAUGGGGACGGUGGUUUGAAUUGUCGUUGGAGCGUGCGGGUAACAUCGAUGUAUGUAUGUGCUUUGCAUAAAAGAUGUUCGCACUGAAUUAAAUGGUAGUGACCGACGACCAGCUGUUGAGAUAAAGAUUUUCGAGAUUUUCCGUUACGCGACGUUUCCCCGUCACUUUCC